UCCGUGUAAGUGGCGGCGGCGGCGGCGGGAAGCCGGGGUUGAGGCCGUGGUUUUCCCGCUCGCGGCGGGCUGCGCUCGGGGGCGAUGCUGCGGCUGCGGUGGGGGCUGAGCGCUGUGAGCUGCGGCCUCGCGGCCCCGGGGAGCGCGGCGUGCGGCGGGCCCUGGCGCCGGCUGCGCAGCGUGCUUGCAAUGGCUGAGGAUCUGAGAGCGGCGGUUGCCAGCCAGCCGAAGAGACUGAGCAGCAGCAGUGAGGUGGUGGAGAGGAUAGAAGAAAACGGGCAUCAGAAUAAAAGGUUGAAGAGAGAUGCGGAUGAGGAAGAUGGGGAGGAUCAGAGUAAAAGGUCACCCAAAAGGAAGAUUGUAUUGCUGAUGGCGUAUUCAGGGAAAGGCUACCAUGGGAUGCAAAGAAAUGUGGGAUCUUCACAGUUCAAGACGAUUGAAGAUGACUUAGUAUCUGCCCUUGUUCAGUCAGGCUGCAUCCCAGAAAACCACGGGGAAGACAUGAAGAAAAUGUCUUUUCAGCGGUGUGCUCGAACAGACAAGGGUGUAUCUGCAGCUGGACAGAUUGUGUCGCUAAAGGUCAGGCUAAUAGAUGACAUCUUAGAAAAGAUCAAUAACCAUCUUCCUUCUCACAUCAGAAUUCUGGGUCUGAAGAGAGUCACUGGGGGAUUCAACUCCAAGAACAAGUGUGAUGCCAGAACCUACUCCUACAUGCUGCCAACGUUUGCCUUCGCCCAUAAAGACCAUGAUGUGCAAGAAGAGGUUUAUCGACUGGACAAAGAGACUCUUGAAAGAGUCAAUAAACUGCUUGCGUGCUAUAAAGGAACACACAACUUCCACAACUUCACAUCUCAGAAGGGACCCAGGGACCCCAGUGCCAAGCGGUACAUAAUGGAGAUGUACUGUGGGGAGCCAUUUGUGAGGGAAAACAUAGAAUUUGCAGUGAUCAAAGUGAAAGGCCAGAGUUUCAUGAUGCACCAGAUAAGGAAGAUGAUUGGGCUGGUGAUAGCUAUUGUGAAAGGUUAUGCUGCCGAGUCUAUCAUCGAGCGCAGCUGGGGAGAGGAGAAGGUAGAUGUCCCCAAAGCCCCAGGACUUGGGCUGGUGUUGGAAAGAGUACACUUCGAAAAAUACAACAGACGGUUUGGAAACGAUGGGCUGCACGAGCCACUGGAGUGGACAGAGGAGGAGGAGAAGAUUGCUGUUUUCAAAGAGCAGUAUAUCUACCCUACCAUUAUCAACACAGAAAGAGAGGAGAAGUCCAUGGCAAACUGGCUAAACACCCUCUCCAUUCAUGACUUCAACUCUUCUGCUGUUGAGAUGCAAGCUAACAACAAAACCUCAAAGAAUAGCAGCGAUCUUGAAGGCAGUGAUGGUUCUGAUGGUGAUUCUGACUGAGCCAGUAAGUUGCUGGACGUGGGACCUUGCUGCUUGCUGUUCCCUGUGUCUACAAAAAGUGGCCUUUCCAAAUCCAAGAAUCCAGUCAAGCAGGGGUUUGUGUAUUGCAGAACGAGAACCGCAUGCCCCAGGGAAACCGGGUGGGGAAGACAGUACAGUAGGAAAAGUAAAAGAAGCUUUUUAUACCACUGACUGAUAUACUUGAAAAUAGUAUAAAGAGAAAGCAGCUUUCUAAAAGAAUCUUGUACUGCAGGAUAUCUUAAUUGCUGUUUAAAUAAUGUUUUUAUUAUAUGUUUACCUGGAAGAUAGUAUUUUAAAUAUGUAUAAUCUCUACAUAAAAAUGGGGCAACUAAUUUUAAAAUACUCUUUUUUUAAUUGUUGUUAUUAUUAUGAAGUUAUGGCUCCAUGAACCUUUGCUUAUUUUUUAUUAUUUUCUUGACCUUUACUUAACAUCAUCUCUAAGCACCAUUAAGCUUUUAUUUUCCAUGUCCUCCAUUACUUUCCUGUGGAAUAACACGCAUGGUUAGAAACUCAUUGUCAUGCUAACUGCUGUGAGUUCUGUUAGUAUUGAAACAAAGUUUCUGUGUUUUCUAAAGCUUUGCAAGUCUAAAAGAAAUAAUUCCUUAGUGAGAGGUCUUAAUUUUGGAACGUGGAUUGAACCAUGUAUUUCAAGGUGAGACCUUUUCCUUGGGAGAUCCUCCCAGUGUUGCCCAUGUGCUUGGGCAGACUCGAGAAUAUAGAUCCACAGCUGUGUGUGUAGUUAGGCUUUUACUGCCUGAGGUGGUGUUUCACAAACCUGUAGUUGAGACGUGAGGAGAUGAUGUACAUUAAUUGUUCAGACUGCAGUUCAGAGUGUGCAGCCGUGUUGCCUGUGGUGGAUCACUAAGUGUGUUGCUGCUGGUUUAGUAUUUCUGGUUUUAGUGGAAACUUAUCUAGUCAUCUGCUAGAUUUGGGAUUGAAUCAACUUGGUAUGCGUGAAAAGAAUGGUGCUGACUGCAUUCAGUUUGUGUGUGUGAACUCUUAAUUCCCAUCAAGCUGCUCAGAAUAGAGGAAUGUGUGCAAUGAUAUGGGAAGCACAUGUCUGAGGACUGUCUUCCUUUGGGAAUCAACUGUAAUUUUAUGUGUUUUGGGGUUCUGUGUGCUCUGGAGUUCUUGCUUUCCUGUCCCCAACUGUGGUUUGACUUGUGGUGCUUGUUUCCAGCUCUCUGUGGAGGUAGCGCAAGAGAAAACAAGUAAAGGCAGCAGCCCUCCUGCCCUCCCUGCCUAUAGAACACUUUUGGAAGGGGUAGAACAAGAGUCUUUAAGCAUUUAGCUAUUACUACAAGUGCUUGAUACACUUCCCUAGCUGGGUCUGUAUAGUUACUGAAAAUGAGUGGUCAUUCAGUGGUUUCUAGCCAAAGCCUCUAAAUUUAUGGCUCAUUCUGGAAUUAAUUUUUUGACCUGUCAAGGCACAGCUGACCUUUAGAAAGGGAUUCACUUGUUUAUUUUAUCUGGGUUUUAAUUAGAGCUUUUUAUUUUAUCUUGAAGGCCUAUCUCUAUUUUAUAAGAGCAGUGUGUAGAAGUGCUCUGGAGAGGGACUCUACCUAGAUUUUCAUCUGUAUCCCUUGCUGCUUCAUACUCUUGACCUAAUCUGGCAUUAGUCUUCUAUCCAAAGCUCUUUGUACCCCUUUCAAUCUGAUAAAAACCCCCACUCUUAUUUGCUUAUAAUAAAGGCCCCCAAACUGACAUGUAUCUCAGAUGAAAUCAACAAAAACUUCUAUUCAUAGCCUUUGGAGAAAAGACAAUAAUAAUAAUAAUUAAAAAGGGUAUUUCUUA